AUGGUUAUACACCGAAAUACAAUCAUAACCCUCCACAAAGGUGGCGAAAGUAAUACAGCCAUAGUAAAACAUCUUAAAAUUAAGCGAACAACAAUCUGGAAGUUUGUCAAGAAAUUUCAAGAGACUGGUUCCACCGCUGGUCGACUUGGACGUAACCGUAAAAGAAGUGAGCGGUUCCCUCAGCUUAUAAAAAGUACCAGAGAAAAGAUGCAGCAAAAUCCUCAUCGUUCCGUCAGAAAACUGGCUGCUACAGCAAAAAAAAGUGCUGAAAGAAGAUUUCAGGAUUCACACGAGCUCACGCAAGUUUAUAAGGCCAUGAGACUGGAGAGAAGUUGUCUUAUGCUAUGUCAGAUUGCUGGAGGCAUGCUGCCCAAUCUGGUGUUUACUGAUGAAAAGAAGUUUGACAUCGAACAGACAGUACAAAUGAUUUCGAUAAUACUGAAAAAUCGCCGAGAACUGGCUGGAGAGCACAACCCUAAACCCUACCGUGCCCUCUAA